UACAGUGCGGACGUUUGUUUUGCCGGUAUUAUUGUUAGAAAAACGUUUUGGUGUUUAUGACUGAACUUAGUAAAACUUCUUAAGUGAAUACAAUUUAAGUGUAAAAUCAAAAGUUGUCCUUGUGAUAAAUAUUUUUAAUUUAACUGUAACUAGAAAAAUCCCGAUUGAAGUCGCGUUAUGGACUGAGCAACGCGACGUGGUCAACGUGGCGUGGUGUGGCGUGGCGUGGCGUGGUGAGCGCGCACAAUGCGGUGGUUCAGGAAGGGCGAGCCGCCGCGGCUGCUGGCCGUAUCGCCCGACACAGAAACGCGAUCAACUCGCAGAUCCAGAAUCGAUAUGUCCCCAGUGCGUUACUCAAAUAGAAAAAGUAGCAGCAGCUCGGUGGAAACAAAUUUCUACAAUUUAAAUGAUCAAAUCAUUAUUGUAGAUAAAUCACCCCAUUUGUGUCGUGAAAUCGAAACUCCAGCUACAAGACGAGUGUCUUUACAAAACGGUCCCACCUCACCACAAGAAAACUAUAACACGUGUCGUAAAAACCGCGGCGGCUCUUUAGAGAAAGAGUUUAUGGUGUAUAGAGAAAAGCGCAACCCGUUACUCGAUAAAGUGAAAAAUACUAAAUUGUCAUGUUUCAAAUCGAAUGGUCCUCUGCGGCAUUGUGAUGAUGCUGCGUCGACUUCUGGAAGCGAUUGUAGUGGCUUCGGACACGUAGAAGAAAUCAGUCAAUGUCGGUAUCCCGGAAAUUAUUCUGAAACGCACAAUGAGUUUGAGAAUCAUAACCCAUGGGUUAAAAUGCCAAAUUAUGAUGAUGAUGUAUUUUACGCCAAAAGUUCUAUUACUAGUCCUGAUGAGUGUAGGUGGAGGGAAGGCAAAUCACUGAGUAACAGAGGUACUAGAUGCUAUAGCUCUGGUUCUGAGUGUGACCGUUAUCAUGCCAUACCUAAAGCUGGAGCAAAGCUGUCAAAAUCUAGUGACCAAAUAUUUAACGACGAUUUUGAACCUUACAAUGAAGAUUUACCCAUUACGAUUAAAUCUGACAAAAAGACUGAUAAACAUAAGAUUAAAAAUGACAAAGAUACUAUUGGACCCAGUUCUUGUUUAUCCGCUAAAUUGAGAGCUAUGUCUGACAGGUACCUUAAAUCAUCAACAAACAGAUUUUUUUCAAAACUUUACAAACAAAAUGGAGAAGAGGAUGAAGCUGUGAAUAGUGGUAUUGAUAAUGUUACAAAACCUUCUGGUAGUAAAAGUCGUAAAAAAAGAGGGGGCGUAAAAGCAAAGCUAAGAAGUUUCUCAUAUGGAGCUUUGCCUGGCUUGGAUGAAUUUCAAAAGGGUCAAAGUGCGAUAUUCCAUGAUGAUAUUUAUCACGUUUCGUGUGACGAUGAGAAUAUUCUCAUACAUGACUGUGAAGAUGCUGAUUCUGGUAUACUUGUAAAUGAAUCAGCGGCAUCAUCUGUAUUCGAUAGUGACAGAAUAUCAUCGCGAUGUGACAGUUCUGCUUCUCAUUCCAAUCCUCAGGGAGCUUGUCACGGCAGAAGUGUUUCUGGCGACCAAACAUAUAAAAAAGCUAGAGUAUCAGGGAGAAGAAGUAGAGAUAGAACUGAAUGUGCCAAGUCUAAAGUCCGCCAUAGUCAAAGAGCGUUGUCAUUGGACCGAAAAGAAAUACUACGACGUAUGCCUAAAGAUGGAUUAGAUUAUGAAGAACCACAAUACUUACAAUUGACUGAAAAACAAAAAAUGAGACAAAGGGAUGUAAGUCGUGGAGAUACAGGUAUCCCACCAAUACCACCUUGUCGUAAACCAUCAAAAGGAAAUAAUCAUAACAAAGUGCAUUCAGAAUUUAAAGUUGUCAGAAUUUUAAGACGAAAUCCUACCGACGAACUGGGUAUAUUUAUCGCCAAAACUAAACUGUCCGAUGAAGGUCACGUAGGAUAUUUAGUUGCUCACGUGGUGCCAGGAGGUCUAGCGGCAAAAGAAGGAUCAUUACGAAUAGGCGAUGAGUUGCUGAACGUGAAUGGUCGCAGACUUCGUGAUCUAACUAUGCCAGAAGCCAAAGAAGCCUUAAGAUCAGGUGCAUCGGAAAUAGACAUUGUAAUCUGCAGGCAACGAGAAAAAAAUUCUCCGGAAAUAAGGCAGAGAGAGCAACCACAAAAAAGUCACGUACUCAUGCGGGAGAGUUCAGUAGACUACGAGAACGCUAUCAUUUUAGGAAAGGAAAGGGCUAUCGAUAAAUAUGACGUCAGAGUAGAGCGACGACAGACACAGGACGAAUCAACGUGUAAUCGCGACGCGCUAUCAGCUGCGGACGAGGCGACCGGCGGCGCGCCCGGCCCACCCAGCCAUGCCGGCUCGGCCGGCGGACACUCGCAUUUCCUGAAAGGACAGAACGCGAGCUACAGCAGUAUGAACAACAAGCUCCUGCGCCGACAAGUCGUCAGCUACGGCGGCUCAAACAAGGAGGCACUUGCGCUCAGCUGCGCUAGUGAAGUGGUCGACGUCGACACCCCGGAUUGUGCCGCAGACCGCACCGGUGACAAAACAGAUAGUGAAAGUGAAGUACAAACACCAAGCACAGCUAAUUUCUGCACCCUCCCUAGGCGACCGCGUGCGCCUACGCACACUUACCAUACCAUAACAUUUGAGAAAGGUCACGGCAAGAGACCACUCGGGUUUACUAUAGUCGGAGGACGUGAUUCUCCAAGGGGACCUCUCGGUAUCUUCAUCAAGAGCAUUCUUCCCCAGGGACAGGCAAUUGAAGAUGGGAGAUUGAAAGCAGGUGAUGAAGUACUAGCAGUGAACGGUCAGGCCUGUCAUGAGUUGGCACAUGUAGAGGCGUUGGCGCUAUUCAAGGCAGUACGCAGUGGUACCAUAGAACUUAGAGUCUGCAGAAGAAUCAAAAGUGCACAAUCAACCAAAGCAAAAUCCUGUACAGAUUUACUUAAUGACGACGACUGAGAAUCUUAGAAUAUUACGUUGGAAAUUGGUAACUUAAGUAGUGCUUAGUCCCCAGUCAUAGUGUGGAUGUUCUUGCUUUAUCCCUAGUUUAUAUACUUAAGGACGUUGCAGGUAGAAAAUAAUUUGAUAGUAAGCACAAAAUGCUUAUUAAAGUAGCUGUUCUUAGCUACUUCACGCAACUUAACCGACAAGUUAUUCACGACAAGGUCAACUCAUAGAUUAGAAACGAAUAAGUCAUUAGCGAUGUCGAAAUUAUUUAUUAUAAUAUAAUUUAUUCGCUAAAUGUUAUGACCUGAAGGCAAAUUAGGUUUAUUAAAAAUAAGGUGUCCAAAGCAAAUUUUAAUUGGAAUUUGUCAUUGCUUCAAUGUGAAUGAGUUAAAUUAAGA